UUAUUUUUUAGUCUUCCUUCUGUAGGUGUGGUCAAAUUUCUGUGUCCAUAUCUGCAGUCUGCCUGUUUUUUGUCUCAAAAUGAAGGUGUUGUGGAUUUCUUGUCUGCUGAUUGGCUCCAUCACAUGCUUUCCUUCACAAAGUGAUCAAAGGCCUAGUUGGACCACAACCCCCUCGUGGCCAUAUUUCCUUCCAGCGUUCUCCUUUCCUCCUCCUCCAUCCAAACCCAGCUACAUGAGCCCCACCGAGCUGUCUGACCACUUCCACAGCCACCGAUCGCUGUAUGGAAGCAGCGACCCGGAUGGGGCUGAUGAUGAAGACUCCCAUUUCCUGGACCAAAAUCUCAGCCCUGAGGGUCCAGGUGGGGAUCAGGGGCCCGGAUACGCUGAGUAUGUGUGGGGCGGUGAGCCGGACUGGGUCCAAACCGAGAAGUGGAGCUCCGAUCCCAGUGAAGAUGACAAUGAGCCCUUCUUCAUUGACAUGUCUAAUCAGGAUCCGUCCUUCACUCUGAACGCUCAUUCGGACUAUCAUCAGCAAAGGAAAGUGGUUACUCGGGCCCGGUUUACCCCACGUCACCAAUCAGCCCAGAACUGGCUCAAGUGAUCCACAAGUUUAGUUUUUCUGACAACUGCUAAAUGCAAAUACUCCAACUUGAGCCACAAUCUGUGGCUUUGUUUAACUAAAAUCCACUGCUACGACUAACAAACAGCAGACCGGUCUCAUCUGGCUCCUUUAGCCUUCUGCGUCUGAGAAAUGGAGUAAAGUUGUAACUUCACACUCUUGGGAAACCACAGUGUGUUUUUGUUUCCAUCGGCUUAGUGUUGGCAUGUACAUUGUUAGAAUUGGUGUCAACUCUAUAACCAAACGGAUGUUUGCUCUUGUCUGCAAAUGAGUCACACCUGCUGAAAAAUGUACUGCUGGAAUAUGCUGCAAAUAAAGUGAAGUGCUCAGAU